AUGGAAAUGGAAAUUCGUGGGUACAAACACGUCCGGGGGCCUUUCACCCAAAACAACAAUGGAUUCCUCACGAUUGAAAUCGAAGCUUCACACCGCCCGGGCCUAGCACCUCGAUUCGAACCAAUAACUACGCCCAGCUAUACAAUUACUUGUAAUCCUCGCGCCCUUUCUGACUUCCUGCAUAACAAGGGCGUAUGGGUUUGCUUUGUAGGAUCCGUCAUCACAUCAAUUGUCGGCGGACCUAAACGUGUCUUUGCUCACAUUAUGAUCGUCCACCGAGCGCCCUCGCCGCAAUUCUAUCAUUACACCGUCAUUGGGCCAGUAGUUUCAGGCACCGCUAAAGUUGUGCGUGUUGUUGGCUCAAUUGCUACCCUCAUGGAACAAUCGCUGCGUCUGAAUAGUUAUCUAUACGUUGCUGGCCGUUUCAUUGAUAAGGACACAGAAUCGCUAUUUAUUCAUAUCCAACCUUUUCUGAUUUUGCCUGCGAACGGGGAGAUCAGUUAA